AUGCCAGACACAUGGCAAGAGAUAUCGCGCCGAAAGCAAGAAGAGCAGGCAGCUCGCAUACCCAAGGAAUGGCGUCUGGCGCGCAAACCGGCUACCAAUCGCACUAAUUAUCUGGAUGUUCCCCGCGAAUGUGGUAUCCUGACUGAGAAGGAGGUGGAGAUCACUGAGAGAUAUGAUGCUACGGCAUUAAUUAAGGAGAUUACGGAGGGGAGGUUGAAGAGUGUUGAUGUUUGUAGAGCAUUCUGCAAGAGAGCAGCUAUAGCGCAUCAAUUGACGAACUGUCUCACCGAGUUCUUCCCAGCCGAAGCCCUCGCCCGCGCUCAAGAGCUCGACGCCCACCUCUCGACCCACAAGAAGCCCCUCGGCCCCCUCCACGGACUCCCAAUUUCCCUAAAAGACACCUUCCGGAUCCCGGGCCAUGACUCCUCCAUCGGCAUCGCCUCUCUCGCCUUCAGCCCCUCCACCGCCCCCUCAACCCUCGUCUCCCUUCUGCUCUCCCUCGGCGCAGUCCUCUACUGCAAGACCAACGUCCCGCAAACCCUCAUGGCGCUCGACAGCCACAACAACGUCUUCGGACGCACCCUCAACCCGCUCAACACCUUCGUGACUGCCGGCGGCAGCAGCGGGGGCGAAGGCGCGCUCGUUGGCAUCCGCGGCAGUAUUCUGGGCAUCGGGACCGAUGUCGGCGGUAGCAUUCGUAUCCCGGCAAUGUGCCAGGGUUUGUACGGCUUCAAGCCCAGCUGGCAGCGCGUGCCGUAUGCGGGCCAGGAAGGCGGUCAGAGGCCUGCGGCGGCGAGGCUCGCGCUACCGGCCAGCGCGGGGCCGAUUGCUACGAGCCUCAGGGACUGUGAGCUGUUGCUUAAGGCGAUCGCCAGUGCGGAGCCAUGGACUGUGGAUCCGGACGUAGUGUUCGGGCCGUGGGAGGCGCAGGGGGAGCUGCCGAGUCGGCGGCGAGGAUCGGGUAAGAAGCCGGUGAUUGGGAUCGUCCGGACGGAUGGAUUGAUCGAGCCGCUACCGCCUGUGCAGAGGGCUCUGGACGAUGUCGUCGCAGCUUUGCGCGCGAGGGGCGUUGAGGUUGUCGAAAUGGAUAUCAGGCCGCUUUUCUCGAAAUGUCAGAGCCUUGCGAAUGCGCUGUUUGGCGCUGAGGGUGGAAACAACAUGUUCGAUCUCUUGGAGAAGACUGGGGAGCCGCUGAGCCCCUGGCUGUCGACCAGGCUGAAGAGGAAGAAGCCAAUGACGUUAGACCAGGCUAGGGAACAGCAUGCUAAGAGGGCGGAGCUGGAGACCAAGUUCUUGGCGAUUUGGAAGGGGCAGGAUGGCAAGGAGAUUGAUGCGUUUGUCUGCCCAGUGGCACCGCAUCCGGUGCCGCCGAUCGACCGCUGGAACGGCGUGAGCUACACGUCUUCCUUUGUGCUCCUGGAUUAUCCAGCUGCGACGCUACCCGUCCGCUCCGUCAAGCCGGAUGACUUGAACGGCGAGCUCCCGACCUCGGAGCCACUGUCCUCAUGGGACGGAGUCAAUCGCGAGUUGUGGACUAAAGUCGACCGCUCCGUCUACCUGAAUACGCCCCUGUGCGUCCAGGUGAUCGCUCCGAAGAUGCAGGAGCGGAGGUUGUACCAGGCGAUGGAAGUCAUUGACCAGGCAUUGAAAACCGGAGAAGGGAGCGAGAAAGCCAGACUGUAG